CCUCGGAUCCGGACGGAACCAUUUUGCCACUGUGCGUAGGGGGAAUUCUUAAAAACGUCGCAUUCUAUUUUUAAAACUUUAUACGCGAUUGUAUGUUGGCUAAAAUGAGUCUACUCAGAUAAUUUUUUCCUAGAAUUUAUAACAAUAUUUAUAAAACGUAACCCGUGUUUUAAUCGGAUUUCUUUAGAAAAGUCGACGAGCCUCCCCUAUCGGGUGAAGGGAGCGUGUGCGGGGACCUGAUGAAACAGGACAGUGGAGUGCCGGUGUAUUGCAUCAGUGCUUGGUGAAGUUUGAGGUUAGGUAAUUCCGUUUAAACGGUGUUUUAGUGAUUAUAGGUGGAUAUUUAGCUGUAUGGUUAGCUGGUAUUGUGUGUUGUAUGAUAGCUGAGUUAGAAUGUAUCCAGUAAGGCACUGCUCUUCGCUCAUACAGAGGGAUCUGGCCGCGCUUUGCCGCUCAUCACUGGGAUCUGCUCGGAAACCAGCCGCCGGCGUGAAGCCCUCGCUCUCCCCGCCUUCCCUGCGCGGUGUGUCCCGCUGUGCAGUGGCCUCCACCGGCCCGAGGCAGCUGACAACCAGCCGGUCUCCAUCAGCACAGGUGUGUCAGAUGGGCAGCAGCAGCAGCAGCAGAUUCUUCAGUUCUCUGGCUCAGUCUCUGAGCAGAGCGCCGCUGGAGCACACACACACUGACGCUGAGGAGUGUGAGCUCGAUCAGGCCGACCCCGAGAUGCUCCUGCGUGAGUGUGAGGAGGUUCUGAGGAAGCGACCGCCGCGGCCACAUCGAGACUUCAUCAGGACCAGAGCCAGCGCCGCACACAACCCGCAGAUCCGCGUCAUGCAGUGGAACAUUCUAGCACAAGCAUUGGGUGAGGGCAAGGACGGCUUCGUGCGCUGCCCAAUGGAGGCGUUAAACUGGGCUGAGAGGAAGUACCUGAUCCUGGAGGAGAUCCUGACCUACAGACCAGACAUCGUGUGUCUGCAGGAAGUGGACCACUACUACGACACCUUUCAGCCUGUGAUGUCCAGCCUGGGCUACCAGAGCAGCUUCUGCCCCAAGCCGUGCUCUCCGUGCCUGGAUGUGUGCGGCAACAACGGCCCCGACGGCUGCGCCCUGUUCUUCAGUCGAGAACGCUUCCAUUUGCUCCACAUCCAUCACCUGCGUCUCUCAGCCAUGUCGCUCAAGACCAACCAGGUGGCCGUCGUGGCUACGCUCCAGUGCCAGGUAACGGGGCGAGUCUUCUGCGUCGCUGUGACGCACCUGAAAGCGAGGAGCGGCUGGGAAACCUUCCGUGGAGCCCAGGGUGCCAAUCUCCUCCAGCAGCUGAAGGCCAUCUUGAGCGCACAGCAGGAAGAAGCCGUUCCUCUGUUCGUGUGUGGAGAUUUUAAUGCAGAGCCGGGCGAGGAGGUGUACCGCCGCUUUAUGAACUCUCCGCUCAGCCUCGACAGCGCGUACAGGACACUGAGCACCGACGGCACCACCGAGCCGUCCUACACCACCUGGAAGAUCCGUCCGAGCGGAGAGAGCUGCACAACACUCGACUACGUGUGGUACUCGCGCAACGGAUUCAGCGUCGACGCCGUUCUGAGCAUGCCCAGUGAGGAGCAGAUCGGCCCGGACCGCCUACCCUCGUACCACUACCCUUCCGAUCAUCUCUCGCUCGUCUGUGACUUCAGCUUCAUCCAGGAGCCCCACAGGCUCAUGUGACUGUCAAUCAAACUGCAGACAGCACAACUUUGAACAUUCCCAAACCUUUUCCUGAUCCACUGAAACAGGAAGAAGGUCUUCAAGUACCUCAACGCACAAGAGUUUCACAAAUAAAGACUCCUAGCUGAUUAAAACGGCUCAUCCGCUUUAGUUCAUUUCUGUUUUGUGCAAUAUCACUUAAUUUAUUAUUUUGUUGAGAUGAUUUCAGGACAGAUGUUCCAGAUGGUGAUGACAGUUCUGUUUAUUUAAUAGUAUGCCAUAAUUUGUCAUUGACUGCUCAGAAAAAAGAAUGUAUUUUUUUAAUGCAUAUAUAAUGCAAUUGUAACAAUGACCUUAAUAAAAUUAUUUAAUUUAUUAAACACUGUACAA